AUGCGUAUUGGCAAGGCCGUGGAGAACGCUCUCCCACUACUGAACCAGAUUGCUGCUUCAGCGAUUUCUUGGUCAUCGGGGAGGAUUGACGUCUUCGGCCUGGGGACGAACAAUGGUUUAUACCAUAAAUGGUGGAACGGAAGUUGGGGUCCAUCCACCACGGGAUGGGAAUACCUAGGCGGCGUUUUCUCUGCCGAGCCAACCUCUGUCUCUUGGGGCGAGAAUCGAAUUGACAUUUUCGGAAUCGGAACGGACAACCAAAUGUAUCAUAAGUACUGGAAUGGGCAAGCUUGGGGCCCUUCACAGACUGGAUACGAAGCCCUCGGCGGAGUAUUCAGCAGUGAGCCAACCGCCAUUUCAUGGGGAGAGAAUCGCCUUGACAUCUUUGGGCUCGGAACAGACAACGCUUGCUAUCAUAAAUGGUGGAAUGGACAAGCCUGGGGCCCUUCUCAGACCGGCUGGGAGAAUCUCGGCGGAGUGUUUGUCAGCAAGCCUGCAGCUGUAGCAUGGGGAGCUAACCGAAUCGACCUAUUUGGAAUUGGAACAGACAACCAAAUGUAUCACAAAUGGUGGGAUGGAUCUAGAUGGGGCCCUUCGACUUCUGGCUGGGAGGCACUUGGUGGAGUAUUUAACAGCUAUCCUGUCGCGGUCGCUUGGUCUGAAAACCGUCUUGACAUCUUUGGUAUUGGCACAAACAACGGACUUUUCCAUAAAUGGUGGAAUGGACAAGCCUGGGGCCCCUCUCAGCUAGGAUGGGAGAACCUUGGAGGUGUUUUAACCAGCCCUCCAUCUGCCGUUGCUUGGGGCCCAAACCGUCUAGACAUCUUCGGUACCGGUACUGACAACCAGAUGUAUCACAAAUGGUGGGACGGCUCACGAUGGGGAGGAUGGGAAGGCCUUGGCGGUGUUUUCAGCAGCGGCCCAUCCACAUGCUCCUGGGCAAGUAACCGCCUGGAUAUCUUCGGACUCGGGACCGACAAUGCGAUGUACCACAAAUCCUGGAGCGGACGAUGGGGACCAUCACAAACUGGCUGGGAAAACCUUGGAGGUGUUUUCAACCAUUAG